AUGUCAGGGAAUGACCUCAGGACGCUCAUCGAGUCACGCAUUCCUGAGCACCGAGCUCAUUUGGAAACCAGUCAUCUGAAUCUGGAGAACGUUGCAGCUUACUGUGAGGCUAAUUAUCUCAACGAUCGAAAUGCAUCAUUUGAAGAAACAAAACAGUUUGCAUUGCAGUCCCUUGCCAGUGUGGCCUACCAAAUAAAUACCCUUGCAAGGGAUCUAUUGGAUAUGUUGGACUUGCAAACGGACAAAAUUUCAAAUCUCUCCGGUCAAGUGGAAAAUAUUGAUGUUGUUAAUAUUCACAAAGAAAAACUAGCUCGAAGAGAAAUCGGCGCUCUAACGACAAACAAAACUACUCAGAAACAACCAAAAAUUAUUGCCCCUGCAACUCAGAGAUACCGACGUGCACCGAUAGACUUCUCCGUUUUGGAUGGUAUAGGCCAUGGUGUUCGUUGUGAGGUUGGCUUCCAUUUCAUUCCGACGUGUUGGAAAACCCACUUUUCUUGCUCACCGCCUAUUGACAAUAUUGCAGAUCUUCCUCCGCCGGUGAUGCAGAUGCUUAAUUCAACGCAUGAAGAUGAACCGUUGCCUCCUCCUCCGCAAGCCAACUUCUUUGAUGCACACGCUGAUUGGAUCCCUCGAAAUUACAUAGAGAAAGCUGUGGCCUUGUAUGAUUACGACGCCGACAAACCUGAUGAGUUAUCGUUGCGAGAGAAUUGCAUAGUGUACGUGCUGAGGAAAAACGAUGAUGGCUGGUAUGAAGGCGUGUUGGAUGGGGUGACAGGACUUUUUCCUGGAAACUAUGUUCAACCCGUCUGA